AUGCAGAAUAUUUUGUCCAGUGAUUAUAGUGUGAAGGAAGUUCAAGUAGUGUUGUUCCAAAUGGGAUCAAUGAAGGCUCCUGGAUCCGAUGGUAUGAAUGCUCUCUUUUACCAAAAAUAUUGGCAUAUUGCAGGGAAUGAUGUGACUGCUGUUGUGCUUGAUUUCUUAAUUCUGAUUACCAACUGGAUUCUUCAUCCACCAAUGGAAGAGGAAUGUGAGUGGCAAGUUUCGGACCUCAUUGAUUGGCGGACUAACUGUUGGGACCUUGAGAUAGUUCAGAACAAAUUUCAGAGGGUUGAUGCUGAUGCUAUUUUGCGCAUUCCAUUGAGCCACAGACAAGUCCUAGAUGAGAUAUUUUUGUUGCACACAAAAAGUGGAGAAUACUCGGUUAAGUCUAGCUAUCACAUAGCAAGACUGAUUUCUAGGCAGGAAGAGAAUAAAGCUGGGGGCUCAGGGGAGGAAUUUGGAAGUUUUGUCUGGUCGAAGCUGUGGAAACUUCAUAUGCCAAACAAAAUAAAAGUAUUCGAGUGGAGGCUAGUUGAUCUAUUGCAGCGUUGCUUGGAUGAUGAAGAGCUGGAGUUGUUUUGGGUUCAGUGUUGGCUCAUUUGGAAUCAACGAAAUACCACAGUGCAUGGAGGUAUCAUACAGGAUCCUAGUAGACUGAACCAACAAGCCAAAGAUUUGUUGGAAGAGUUUCGGGUUGCACAUCAACACUUGAUGGUCACGGACAUGGCUGCUUCAGUGCAGUCCUGGCGUCCUCCUUCAGGUGACUCUUAUAAACUGAACUUCAAUGCUGCGGUGUUUGAAGAUAUUGGCUCCUUGGGGUUUGGAGUGAUUAUUCGGAACUAUAGGGGGGAGGUUAUGGUUGCCUUGUCAGCCAAAGGGCCUGUUGUAAGUGAUAGUGAAGAAGCUGAAGCACUGGCAUGUCGUAGAGCACUAGAGUUCGCGGUAGAUGCUGGGUUUGAGGAGUUGGUGAUGGAAGGAGAUAACGCAAUGGUCAUAAAAUCCAUUUCAUCCUUGAGGGCAUUACGAUCCAGACUUGGUAAUGUUUAUGCGAAUAUUCACUGUUUAGCUGCAGGUAGCAGAUGUUUGUCGUUUGGAUGUGUAAAACAUACUGCUAAUAUUGUAGCCCACUCUUUAGCUCGCUUUGCUAGGCUGAUAGAUGAGGAUAUUAUUUGGAUGGAGGAGUCCCUACCUCCAGCCAUUGAUGCUUUGUACUUGGACUCUAUUUCCCUUAAUUAA